UGAGUCCUCCAGUUUUAAUCGAUUUCAUUCACUUUUAUCCCUGCUGGUGCAUGCAACUGAUCCAUGUGAGACACUGUCACACCCACUAACCUUCCCGAAAUGUCUAGUGAAAGCAUGGUGACCGAAGAGGGUAGUAACGGGGGUAAGGUGAUCCCAGUUCGAGUGGCAGUACGAAUACGGCCCCUCAAUAAUAGGGAGAGGCGUGAAGGAUGCCAGGAGUGCCUUGAUAUAACGGAUGGAUCCCCACAGAUUGUGGUGCGAGGAACAGAAAAGGCUUUCACAUUUGAUUACACAUAUGCCUCCGAGUGCUCACAAGCUUAUGUAUAUGAAACGGCUGUGAAGAAUGUUGUCCAUAACUUAUUUAAAGGUUACAAUGUAACCGUGGUGGCGUAUGGUCAGACAGGUUCGGGCAAGACCCAUACAAUGGGUACGGCGUACACACACGAUGAUGAUGAUGAUGAUGAUGAGGCUGGUAUCAUCCCUAGAGCUGUGAGAGAGAUUUUCCAUGGGGUGGCCAAUAGAAAGAACUGUGAAUUUAUGGUGAAAGUAUCAUUUAUUGAGCUAUACAAAGAGACACUAUUUGACCUCCUGAGCACCAGAAAUAGAGAGGAAUGCGCUGUAGAUAUCAGAGAAGAUCCCAGGGAAGGCAUUAAAAUCGUUGGCCUUACGGAGAUCCCCGUCACAAGUCUUGAUGAAACCAUGAGAUGUCUUGAAAGGGGUGCCAUGAAUAGAGCCACAGGUGCUACAGCCAUGAAUGCACGCUCCAGUCGUUCCCAUGCAAUUUUUUCCCUGCACAUUGAACAAAGGGAAAAAAAGGAAGGAGACAGUAUUACCUGUUCCAAGUUUCACAUGGUGGACUUGGCUGGCAGUGAACGUGCUAAAAAAACUGGAGCAACCGGUGAAAGGUUCAAAGAAGGUGUCAAUAUCAACAAGGGCCUGCUUGCUCUUGGUAAUGUGAUCUCGGCUCUCUGUGAAGAGGGCAGCAGAGGUCACAUUCCUUAUAGAGACUCGAAACUUACCAGACUAUUGCAAGAUUCUUUAGGUGGUAACUCUCACACGGUAAUGAUAGCAUGCGUGUCUCCUGCAGACAGCAACCUUGAGGAAACUCUCAGUACACUGCGGUAUGCUGACCGUGCACGAAAAAUUAAAAAUAAACCAAUUAUUAAUAGGGAUCCACAGGCUGCUGAAUUGGCAAAGUUAAGGCAACAGGUUCAGCAGUUGCAAGUACAACUGUUGGCCUCAGGCAGUGCAAGUGGAGGAGUAGCAACAGCAUCAUGUGAUGAGAUUAAUGCUCUUUUGUCACAAAAUCAAAUGCUGCAGGAUGAGAAUGAUAAACUUGAUCGAGCUUUACGCACAGCUCUUGAUGAGAACACAAAUAUGGCUGAGAAAGCUCUUAUGGCUGAAAUGUCUCGAGACCGCUUGAAAAUGAAACUUGAGGAGUUAAGAGCACAGACUGGAACUACAGUUGAGGCCCUGAACAAAACUCUUGAUGUGACUGUUAAUCCACAAUUUGAAGAUAAAAUAAACCUGGUGAAGGAGUUGCAGUUAAAGGUUAUUGAACUACAGAGUGAACAUCGCAAGGAAGAGAAAGCCAUGAUGGACCAUGAGCUGUCACGACACAACAUUUCCAUCGUGCCCACUGAUAGCACAACCUCUACCCAAGAUCUAGAGGGUGAGAAUGGUGAAAAUUCAGCUAACCAGAUACCUAGAGAGUUUGGAACGGCAUUCACCCUCCGUCAAGCUAAACUUAAUGAAGAGCUUCAGGACUUGAACAAAGCCUUAGCAAUGAAAGAAGAAUUAAUGAGCAAAAUGACAAUUAAUGAUGCCCAGUUUCUGGCAAUGAAAGCCAGUUAUGAGAGAGAGAAGAAGGACCUAGAAACUCACAUUGAUCUUUUGGCAAAAGAGAAGGAUGAACUUUUACAGCAGCUGAAAGUGGCCUCUCAUUGCUCAGCAGGAAACAAGGUGUCUGAACAACGUCGCAAGAGGGUUCAAGAAUUGGAAACUCAGAUUGCUGAUCUAAAACAAAAACAGAAAGAACAGGCAAAGCUACUGCGCAUGAAAGAGCAAUCGGAAAAAAAAGUCGACAAACUUAAAUCUGAAAUUCAGAGUAUGAAAGCUACAAGGGUAAAGCUUGUUCGCCAGAUGAAGGAGGAUAAUGAAAAAUUCAGAGUAUGGAAAGCACAGAAGGAUAGGGAGGUUGCUAAGCUGAAAGAAGAAGACCGUCGUAAAGAGUAUAAGAUUGUGAAAAUGGAACGGCUACACAGCAAACAGCAGAAUGUUCUGAAGCGCAAAAUGGAGGAAGCAAUUGCUAUUAACAAGAGACUAAAGGAUGCAAUGGCACUACAGAAGGCUGGUGCUGAAAAGAGGGCAGCAUCAAGAGAUGCUGCUGGUACUGGCAACCGCGUCAGGUCCUGGUUGGAGGGAGAACUGGAGGUGGUGGCUGUUAAGAAGCAAGCCAAACUAUCCCUGAAAAACCUGGUGGAGGACCGAAAGACCAUAUCCGAUCAAAUUAAUUCAGCCAAACGGCAGCUGAGGAAUGGAGAUCUGUGUCCAGAAAUGGUAACAGAAUUAGAAAAUAAAAUUAGUGAGCUGGAAAAUGACCUCCAACUACGAACUGCUCAGAUUAAUGACCUUCAGGCCAAGAUUGUUGAUGAUGAUGAAGACAUAACCAGUAAGAAGAGGUUUGAAACCAUGCAGAGUAUGGUUGAAGCGAAGUGUGCUAUGAACUACCUCUUCGAUGUAGCAACUAACAACCAGCUUGACUUGUCUGCACGGGAAAAUGACCUUAAAGAUAUUCAGUCACAGUAUGAAGAAAUAGCUCACUCCUUGGAAGACAUGGAAGCAGAGUUUAAAACUCUAAAGGAGAAUCACCAAGCAGAACUUACUCGCAUGGAAAGAGAGCACGAGGAGAAGGUUCUCUUCCUUCUUGGACACUUACCUAAAGCCGAAAGUGAAGUGGGACCAAAUGACACAGAAAAGGAUAUUGCUCUUAGGGAACGGUUAAAGUUCCAGGAAGAAGAAAUUUCCCGCCUUUCCAUAUUGCAUGAAGAGCUGCAGGCAAAGACCAUCGAAUGUGAACUACUAAAGAAGCAGCUUUCAGAUCUGAAAAUCACUGGAGGCAGUCAGGUGGCCUACAGCACUGCCAGCUCAAAAAAUUCUCGUCGUACCUAUGUGAAACCAAGAUCCAUUGAGAAAGCAGAGGUAAUUGAUGCACCGUUAUCGGAAUCUGAAGAAGAAGCAACUGAUGAAGAUCCAAAGGAUGAUCCUGACUGGUGCAAAACUCCACUGUUUCGAAAAAUCAAACAGAUAACUCAUGGCUUAAGACCUUCAUUUGAAAAUGACGAAAAUGAAGAUGAAGUCUUAGUGAAGAGGAGUAAGAAGGUUUAUUUAAAGCGUGACUCCAAUGGGGAAACAAAAUGUGGGUGCAAAGGAGAUUGUUCCAAGAAAACCUGUGCGUGUCGAAAGAAUACGAAUGCUUGUGGCAUAAAGUGUAAAUGUAAAGUCAUAAAGUGCAAAAAUAGGACAACUCCAGAUAAUAGUAUAUCAGAUGCCAGCAGAGGAGAUACUCUUUUAAAUUCUACAUUUGACAUCACAGCCCUUCCUCUUCAGGAAAGUAAUAUAAAGAGACCAAGACUGCAAGUCACUGGGUCACUCUUGGACAGUCCAUCUUCAUCUGAAAGUGAGAGUUCCCAAUUUGCACUUGCAACUGUAAAGAGAGACAGGAAUUAUAAGAGUAGUGCAGAGCUCUUGAACUCUUCUCUUCUCUUCUAAGAUUGCCUGUAAUUGUAUGAAGAUUUUUAAGUUUGCUCAUUUAGCCAGUUUGAAACGCUCCUUGUGGUGUUACGGGGAAAAAAUUACUCAAAGAAUCAUGUCCAGAAAAAUGAGGCAGAUCCACUGACAAUCUAAUAUUUAAACUUUGGAGUAACUUUUAAAAUGUUUUCUCUAGGUACAGUACUGGUUGAAUAUACUUUAUCCAAAAUGUUUGGGGCCGGGCAUGUCUCUUGUAUUGGAAUACAUAAUGAUAGCUUGGGAGGAUGAGACCCAAGUCUGUACACAAAAUCUGUUUAUAUUUCAUAUACAGCUUACUCAUAGCUUGAAGGUAGUUAUAUAUAAUAUUUUAAUAAAACAGCAUUGGCAGACUACAUGCAGUAGAUGUUGUAAACACCAGAUGUUGGCUAACUAUGGCAGGCUUUGUUUCCACCAAUAUUGUCUUGACUAAAUGGCUACUGUACACUUUUUUCUUAUCACUGUUAUCUAUAAGGGUAUCUGCAUGCUUUUCUGAUAUUUUCAGCAAUAUCUUCACACCAUAGAGCAGAGAAUAAGGACAAACAUAUAGUAAUAAGUGAGUAAUAAACGAUCUGGCAGUGACGAUUAUUGAUGAUAAACUGGCAGUGUCGGAGCCCCAACCAGGGUAUGCGAGGUCACGUUUCACAACUGUCUGGGAACCUCCCUAGAACUGAUUGAAAUUUUCUAUUUGUGGCAUAAUGUCAGUGCUCAAAAACAGUUAUUGUACUUCGAAGCUUUGAGAAUUUUGGAUAAGGGAUACUCGGCCUGUACUCUAAUAUGAAUGUACUUAUGAUUUUACCUUUUUUUUUUUAUCCAGGGUAAAAAUUUUAUAUAAAUUUGUACAUACACUGUGUCAGUACUUUUGUGCGUGUCUUAUUGACCAGAGUUUAGGGAUCAAUAGUUAUGUUUAUCAUAACAUUUUAUUGAAAUUUACCUUUUAUUUAUUCUUUGUAGUCUUACACAAACUUUGUACUGUCCCAACAAAAGUUUCUACUUGUGAAAUUACACACUAUAUGCUUUUAGUACGUGAAGAUUUGAUUUUUUUUUUUUUUUAGCUUGUAAAAAUUCCUUAAAAGUAGAGCAACAGAUAUCCUCUAUAAACUGCUUAUAUGACCAAGUGAGUCCUGAUGUACAUUUUAUAUUUUUAUUACAUUAUUUUAAAAUUAACAAUU